AUGGCAGUUAAAGGAUUAGGCAAACCAGAUCAAGUUUAUGACGGUUCCAAAAUUAGAGUCGGGAUCAUUCACGCCCGUUGGAACCGUGUCAUUAUCGACGCCCUUGUGAAAGGUGCCAUUGAAAGAAUGGUUUCCCUCGGUGUCGAUGAAAAGAACAUAAUAAUCGAAACGGUUCCUGGGUCCUACGAAUUGCCUUGGGGUACCAAGAGGUUUGUUGACAGACAAGCAAAGUUAGGGGAGCCAUUGGACGUUGUUAUCCCCAUUGGUGUGCUUAUCAAAGGGAGCACUAUGCACUUUGAAUACAUUUCAGAUUCCACUACACAUGCAUUGAUGAACCUGCAAGAAAAGGUCGACAUGCCCAUCAUAUUCGGCCUUUUGACUUGUAUGACCGAAGAACAGGCGCUGGCCAGAGCCGGUAUCGACGACACGCACUCCAUGCACAACCACGGUGAGGAUUGGGGCGCUGCCGCCGUCGAAAUGGCUGUUAAGUUUGGUAAAAAUGCCUUUUGA